GAGAGAGGAGAGAGAGAGAGAGAGAGUGAGUGAGUGAGAGAGAGAGAGAAGAGGAGGAGGAGGGAGAAGGGAACAACCUACCAUCUUAACACACUAAUAUCUAAAAAGUGCGAGAGGCCCAGAGCAGCAGCAGAAGCAGCAGCAGCAGCUCCAGCCUCUUCCCUCCCUCCCCAUGAAGAAGAGUUCCCUCCUCCUCCUCCUCCUGCUUCUCCUCAGAGUUCCUGCCUCCAGCUGCCAGGGGGGACAGCCAGCCAGCAGCAGGAGGGGGAUUAGAGAACUGAAGGAGAGCCAGUUUCCCCAAAAUUGGACUUCUCAGAAUCUUUAAUAUGCUAAUGUGCAUUGUGAAUCUCCAAGAUGGGGAUAUGAUAUGCAGCAUUCUUGAAUACUUCUAAUGACAGGGAGCCCACUACCUCAUAAGCUGCAGCAACAAGAGGAGCUUGUUAUUUUAAGCGGAGGCUGAAGACACUGUAGAAUUAGCAGACAUAAGAGAAAGUGGAGAAGGUAGAGGAUGGAGUUGCAGACUCUACAGGAGGCUCUUAAAGUGGAAAUUCAGGUUCACCAGAAACUGGUUGCUCAAAUGAAGCAGGAUCCACAGAUAUUUUUUCUUUCCAAUCAGAAUGCUGACUUAAAGAAACAGCUUCAUGAACUCCAAGCCAAAAUCACAGCUUUGAGUGAGAAACAGAAAAGAGUAGUUGAACAGCUGCGGAAGAACCUGAUAGUCAAGCAAGAGCAGCCGGACAAGUUCCAGAUACAGCCAUUGUCACAGUCUGAAAAUAAACUACAAACAGCACAGCAGCAGCCACUACAGCCACUACAGCCACUGCAGCAGCAGCAGCAGCAGCAACAGCAGCAGCAGCAGCAGCACGCUCAGCAGUCAGCAGCACCACCCAGCCUGACUGCAUCACAGAAGACUGUAACUACAGCUUCUAUGAUUACCACAAAGACACUACCUCUCGUCUUGAAAGCAGCAACUGCGACCAUGCCUGCCUCUGUUGUGGGCCAGAGACCUACCAUUGCUAUGGUGACCGCCAUCAACAGUCAGAAAGCUGUGCUCAGCACUGAUGUGCAGAGCACACCAGUCAACCUCCAGACGUCUAGUAAGGUCACUGGGCCUGGGGCAGAGGCUGUCCAAAUUGUGGCAAAAAACACAGUCACUCUGCAGGUCCAAGCAACACCUCCUCAGCCCAUCAAAGUACCACAGUUUAUCCCUCCUCCUAGACUCACUCCACGUCCAAACUUUCUUCCACAGGUCCGACCCAAGCCUGUGGCCCAGAAUAACAUUCCCAUUGCUCCAGCGCCUCCUCCCAUGCUUGCAGCUCCUCAACUUAUCCAGAGGCCUGUCAUGCUGACCAAGUUUACACCUACAACCCUCCCCACAUCCCAGAAUUCCAUCCACCCUGUCCGUGUCGUCAAUGGGCAGACUGCAACCAUAGCCAAAACGUUCCCCAUGGCCCAGCUCACCAGCAUUGUCAUAGCUACUCCAGGGACCAGACUUGCUGGACCUCAGACUGUACAGCUUAGCAAACCAAGCCUUGAGAAGCAGACAGUUAAAUCCCAUACAGAAACGGAAGAGAAGCAAGCAGAGAGCCGUACCGUCACUCCACCUGCUGCACCAAAACCAAAACGAGAAGAGAACCCUCAGAAACUUGCCUUCAUGGUGUCUCUAGGGUUGGUAACACAUGACCAUCUAGAAGAAAUCCAAAGCAAAAGGCAGGAGCGAAAGAGAAGAACAACAGCCAACCCGGUGUACAGUGGAGCCGUCUUUGAGCCAGAGCGUAAGAAGAGUGCAGUCACUUACCUUAACAGCACAAUGCAUCCUGGGACGCGGAAGAGAGGUCGUCCUCCAAAAUACAAUGCGGUGCUGGGGUUUGGAGCCCUUACCCCAACAUCCCCCCCAUCCAGUCAUCCCGACUCCCCUGAAAAUGAAAAGACAGAGACCACAUUCACUUUCCCUGCACCUGUGCAGCCUGUGUCCCUGCCCAGCCCCACCUCCACAGACGGUGAUAUCCAUGAGGAUUUUUGCAGUGUUUGCAGAAAGAGUGGCCAGUUACUGAUGUGUGACACAUGUUCUCGUGUGUAUCAUCUGGACUGCUUAGACCCGCCUCUGAAAACAAUUCCCAAGGGCAUGUGGAUCUGCCCUCGAUGUCAGGACCAGAUGCUGAAGAAGGAAGAAGCAAUUCCAUGGCCUGGAACUUUAGCCAUUGUUCAUUCCUAUAUUGCCUACAAAGCAGCAAAAGAAGAGGAGAAGCAGAAGCUACUUAAGUGGAGUUCAGAUUUAAAGCAGGAGCGAGAACAGCUGGAGCAGAAGGUGAAAGAGCUCAGCAGUUCCAUAAGUAAAUGUAUGGAGAUGAAGAAUACCAUCCUGGCACGGCAGAAGGAGAUGCGCAGCUCCCUGGACAAGGUGAAACAGCUCAUCCGCCUCAUCCAUGGCAUCGACCUCUCCAAACCUGUAGACUCUGAGGCCACUGUGGGGGCCCUCUCCAAUGGCCCAGACUGCACCCCCUCUACCAACACCGCCUCCACACCCGCCCCCUCCCCCUCCUCGCAGAGCUGCACAGUGAACUGUCACCAGGGGGAAGAGACUAAAUAACAGAGCCCUCAAGGAGAUGCCAGUCCCAGCGGCGAGGAGACUCUAGAAAAACAAAGCCGGAUUUCUUCUGGAAAGUACAGAAUUCUUUUGGUUCUUUGGUUCCAGAGAGAGAGAAGAUGCUUGUGCCAGGUGGCACCCGAGUUUGCCAAUUGAUUCUUCUUAUUCUGAUUCUGUGUGUACAUGCAAAGAUUGGACCAUGUUACAUGAAAUAGUGCCAGCUGGAGGUUCUUUGCCAGCACCAUGCCAAGUGAAAUAAUAUAUUUACUCUCUCUAUUAUACACCAGUGUGUGCCUGCAGCAGCCUCCACAGCCACGGUGGGUUUGUUUUUGUUUUGUUGGGUGGGGAGCAGGGACGGGCGGAGGGAGGAGAGCAGGUUUCAGAUCCUUACUGGGAGCCGUUUGUUUAGGUAGAAAAGACAAGUCCAAAGAGUGUGUGGGCUUUCCUGUUCCUAAACUUCACUACCAUAAAACCAAAAAAACAAAAAAGAAAAAAAAAGAGAGAAAAAAAAGGAAAUAGAGGUUUAACUAACCCAGUGCCCAGAGGAGGGCCAGGGAAGGCUAGGGGGGAGCAAGGGUGGGAAAGUAUAUGACAUAAGCAGUAUUUAAUGUUUCUGGAGGGGCCCUAGUGCCAGAGAGCCCAGGUGCCCUCUCCAGCUCCGCUCUCUCCCUCAACCUCCAGCACCCCUUCCUUCCCUCUGCUUGGUAUAGUGCACAGCCCCAGGUGGUCCCCAGGCCUUGCUGAGGCAGAGAAGGGAAGGUGUGUGUGGUCCAGGAGGGAGAAAGGAGGGUCAGAGGUUUUACUUGAAAACAAGCUCCAUCCUUUUUCUAUAUUUAUAAGAAGAGAAGGUUCUUAGCAGGGCAGCGUGACCCAGGUGUGUGGCACAACCAGGUGUGUGUGAAUGGAGACAACCCUUUUCUCUUCUUCAACCUUACUUUUUGUUUCUGUUCUUGUUUUGUUUAAACCAAGUUUUUUUUUUUUCAUGGUUUAUUUUACCUUUUUUUGUUUUUGUUUUUGUAACAAGAACUAAAAUGAGGAAUAGAAAGCUGUUUUCAGGCUGACGGUCCUUUAAGGGUAGCGAGACCUUGCAUGGUAGAGUAGUGUCACAGUGUCGGUGAGGUCAGUGAGUCUUUGUGCGUCCUGUGUCAUCGUUCAGGCACCGUUUGGUUUGUUUGGUUUGGUUUUCCUUUCUGGUGUUUUUUUGUUGUUGUUGUUUUGUUUUGUUUUAUUGUUUUUAAUGCAAGGGCAAAAAAAAAAAAAAUCUUUGUACCUGGGGAAAACAACAGCAACUUUCUUUUUUUAAUUAAAAAAGAAAAUAAAAGAUAUUGAGGUC